CUCCACUGUAAUAUACCAGGGUAGGUACCUACCUAGCCCACCAGCACGCUAUGCUCACGAAGUACCUCGUGCAGAAAGAUGAAAAAAGUUUCUAGAGCUUGACUGUAGUCGACGGGCUUCCAUCACAUCGUUACUCCACACAGCCUCAGCAGACACAGCACCUCCUCUUCGCUUGACAGCAAUCAGUCGUCCCUCUUUUUCCGAUAGAAACAGGACGGCUUCUGGAAUUAAGGGCAUUGGCACAGAGAAAGCUUGUGCUGCUCACUCUUCCAGGUCUGACGUCUGUGCCCUGCUGUCGUCAUCGCAAUGCUCUCCAGAGCAAUUGCGCAGGGCAUCGCGCGCUCUGCGCGACUACCCACCGUCCAACGGACAGUCGCUCCUGUGUCGACAGUUUCUAGACUUACUACAACCUCCUCGACACUAUGGAUACGAGGAUUGGCCCAGCAGAACCGUCCAAAGAACCAGCCCGCUCAGUCAAAACCGACCCCUAGUCCCCGGUCAGAAGCCCAGUCACCACCAUCAUCAAAGCCCUCCCCUUCAUCCCACGAGAAGCCAUCGUCUGAUGCCGCCGAACCAACUCCGCCACCAGAUUUUAGUUCGCUUCCCGAUCUUACCCAGGGUAUCCCUUCUACACUCGAAUAUGAGACCUCAGGGGCUUCUAAAAAGUCAGAUCUAUCUGCUCUUCAAGAGGCCGAAGAAAGUGCGCAAACGGAGGGAGGUGGCCGUGGUCGGGGAGAAUUACCUGCGUCAGCCUACAUGAGCUCGACUGACAAACGCCGCGCACAAUUCGCCAACCGAAUGUAUCUCGCCGUGCUGGUUGGUGGUGUUGUGGGAUUGGGUUAUCUAGGUCGUGACUGGGAUGAAGAUGAAGUUGCUGUUCACAAGGAUAUUCCCAACGGGUGGUCACCUGCACUUUGGUGGAAACGUGCUGCAGCCCGUCUUACUGAUGUGACAGAGUACUAUCGCGAGCCCGCUUUCGACAAGCUAUUGCCAGAUACUCAUCCUAUGUUUGAACGGCCUUACACACUCUGCAUCAGUCUCGAAGAUAUGUUAGUACAUAGUGAAUGGUCGCGCGAACACGGCUGGCGAGUAGCGAAGCGUCCUGGGAUGGACUAUUUCCUACGCUAUCUCAGUCAAUACUACGAACUUGUUCUGUUCACAAGUGUGCCCGUUGCUAUGGGAGAACCUCUCAUGCGAAAAUUAGACCCCUUCCAGAUCAUAGUCUGGCCACUGUACCGGGAGGCAACCAAAUACAAGGACGGCGAAAUCGUCAAGGACCUCUCUUACCUGAAUCGUGAUUUGUCGAAAGUCAUCAUAAUCGAUACGAAGGAGUCCCACGUUCAAAAUCAACCAGAAAAUGCUAUUAUUUUACCACCUUGGAAAGGAGAGAAGGAUGACAAAGAACUUGUGUCACUUAUCCCUUUCUUGGAAUAUAUCUUUGCUAUGGAAUAUAAGGAUGUUCGCGAAAUUCUCAAGUCUUUCAAGGGCAAACAUAUCCCUACCGAGUUCGCCCGUCGAGAAGCUAUCGCACGCGCCGAGUUCCAGAAACAGCUCGCAAAAGAGAAGAAAAAACGACCCUCAGGGGUCGGCGCACUGGGCAACAUGCUUGGACUCAAAGGAAAUAUGAGCAUGAUGCAGCCAGUAGAUGGUGAAAUCUCCCCGGGAGAGGCGUUUGCACAGGGUAAGAUGUUGCAAGACAUCAUUCGGGAGAGAGGUCAGAAGAACUACGAAGCGAUGGAGAAGCAGAUCCGAGAACAUGGUGAGCAAUGGCUCAAGGAAGCGCAACAAAUGCAGGAAGCGCAACAGGCCGAAGCUAUGAACAGCAUGAAAUCGUCCUUUACUGGCUGGUUCAAACCAUCUCAACCAUCAGACACACCACCACAAGCGAAGACCUCGUAAAAGAGAGAAUUCGAAGUUUUGGUGAUGUGUGUAUAAAUACCGGGGAGAUUAAUGUUUUCUAACGCCAGAGACUACACAGAUAGUCAGGGGCGCUUCGUGCAUAUGUUUUGUCUACAUACAUUGGUUAGGGGAGUACUCGGGGGGGGGACAAAGAUUGGUUCUCUGCAUCACAUGGUUUUCACGAGGCUGGGCCAAUGUAUAUCAAAAGGAGGAGUUAGCACCUCUCAGUUGUGUAUUAAUGUCUGUAUUUUACUUUCUAAAGAGAGAGAGACAGCGAUAUGAAGGAGUGGAAAGUGAGCACACUGUUCCAUGUCGAGUCAACUUCCCCAGCCAGGGAACGACACAAUGUACCAUAGAAGAGGAUCAAAUCUUGAGCUACAUAUAUAAAAUAUAAAGAGAGCUAAACUACACGCUUUUGCGA